AUGGCGAACACUUCGUCUCUAGCAUGUCCACCACCUUUCUUGAACGAGGCCAGAUUCGGCAAUGGCGGGUUUGUCGAUGGCAGGUUCUGCGCCAGCCUCUCUGACAUUGACUCUGACCUCAAGUGUUGUCUGCCAUGCCCUGCAACUGACUGGAUUUACUCGAACACAUUUACCACCUCCUAUCGUGUCGCCGAGGGACUCAAUCUCAUCAGCUUUGUGGUAUGCCUGUUUUUGAUGAUCAGCUGGGCUGUGCUGCCUCCCAAGGAGACACGGCGGCAUUAUCUGAGCGUCGGUCUGGUUCUUGGUGCUAUGAGUCUCGGGCUCGGGUUCAUCAUCCCCUUCGGCACACAGCCAGAUCAAUGCUAUGACGAGAUCACCCCGCACGAUAUGUACACGAGUCUCGAGUGCGCUUGGUCUGGUGCAUUCAUCAUUGCAGGAGGUCUUUCCAUUGUCGUCUGGAUCUUCAUUCGAGCACUGUCGAUGCAUCUCCAAAUUUGCUGGGACAUCACUCCAGGGCAAAAGUUCUUCUACGGCUCUCAAGCGCUAGGUUGGGCAGUCAUCGCCGGUCUGUUCACCACUACCAUCACCAUAACCGGGGUAUCCUUCCGCUUCGGGGAUGCCUGCCACGUCAACUCCCAGAACUCGUUGGCAGACUUCUGGGGCCCCUUGCUCGGCAUCGCCGGACUGUCAGCGGUUGUCCAACUCUCGACCUUCACGUACUGUAUCAACGUGUACCUCAAGAGCCUCUGGAGCGACGACGAGACGCAGACGCAAAGCAGUGCCGGCCUUCCAUCCUACACUUCGAGCUUACGCACUCGCACCAACUCGGCCAAGGCCGUGUAUCGAAGAGUCAAAAAGGUGGUCUGGCUCCAAUGGCGCGGCAUACUUAUCGUCGUGUUCAUCCUGAUCGACGUCAUCUUCUUCUCGGUAGUGUUCGUCUAUCUCGACACGCAGGAACACGAUGCGCUGCAUGAUCCGGUGCAGGCGCUGCCUUGGGUGCUUUGCCUCGUGCAUAACCCUACUGAGAAGGAUAAGUGCUUCGAAAUGGCGCAGGGCAUGCUUGUGAACCAGGCUACAGUGACGGCUGUUCUGGUCAUGCUCGCGCUCGCUGGCGUGCAAUGCUUCCUUCUCCUUUUCCGAGGGUCGAUGUUGACUGGUUGGAAGAGAUGGCUCCAAGAGAAGUUCACGGGCAACCGCGAGUUCGUCUCGCUCGAUGCGCGCCGGUUCUCGUCGGACGCACGGACAUUUGAGCUGCUCAAGGUGGGCGGCCAGUCUCCUGGCUACGUGAGCACCAUGCAGACGCCCAGCGGCGAGACGUACGUCAGCAGCAUGGCAGCCCUGAAGACACCGGAAUCGAGUGUAACGAGUCCGUCAGCUGCGUACGGCAGCCCUCUCAGCGGGCAACACACGCCGGACUACUUUGGCAAGGAGGUGCAACGGCAAUAUCGCAGCCCAUCACAAAGCUUCUCAACACCUCGGCCUCCAACGUCGACAGGAAGCCGGUACGACUGGGAUCCGGCGAGCACACACGCAAGGGGUGGACUAGGACUUCACCCUGUCCAAGACGACUCGGAUGACGACGACGCGAAGGCGAGAACAUGA